AUGGCUCCCCGUGGCCGUGGAGGAAAAUUCAGUAAACCUACUCGUGGAGGCGGAAAGCAUUUCAGCCGUGAUGUUCAGCCUUUAGACAAAGACGGAAAUCCUAUUGGCAUGUGGAGGGAUCCCGAUGACGACCCUCUCUCCUCCGAAGAGGAAGAAGAGUCUGAGUCAGAAGAGGAAUCUGAGGAUGAGGCCGGUCCAUCUCGGUCUAUUCCUGAAGAAAUGACUCGUGAGCAGCGUAAAGCGGCCGCAAAAGCUCGAAAAGAAGCUGCCAUAGCCAGGAAGAACCAAGUAGCGGCAGCUCCAGGAGAUCUCCCACCAUCCGAGAGCGAGGAGGAAUCCGACGAUGACAUGCCGGCAAAUCCUAAUCAUACUGCGAAAUCGCGCUCGCAGGCAGCGAAUGCUGCAAAUGGAAUACCUACUCCGAGGGCUCCUGGAGAGCUGUCUCGCCGCGAGCGCGAAGCUAUCGAGGCUCAACAAGCUCGGGAGCGAUAUAUGAAGUUGCACGCAGAAGGGAAGACAGAGCAGGCUCGUGCUGACCUAGCGCGGCUAGCUCUUGUUAAAGAGCGCCGUGAGGCAGAAAAAGCACGAAAGCAGGCAGAAAAGGAUGAGCGUGAAGAACGCGAGCGUGAGAAGGCAGAGCAAAAGGCCAGAGAGGCCAAGCUGCGUGAAGCAGCCAUGGGCUCUGGUGCCAGAGGUAGAGGAGGUAAGAAGACUGCUGGAAGGAGCAAAUGA